AUGCAGGACAUUUAUGAAUCGGCGGCCAAACGGGAGCAGCGGCGGCGCGACUCGCGCCUCCACACCGGAAUCGACUCGCUGUUCGACUUCGAGGAGCUGCGACCCAACUCGGAGGUGGUCGCCAACGGCCACAAACAGUCGCCGCUCUUUGAUAAGAAGCGGUAUGAGCCGAAGGGGUUCAUCGCUGAGCUCACGGCGGCGGAGAGUCACCGGGAACCACGCAUCUCGGUACCUCUGUUUGACACGGAGGUCAGCCUCGCCCGCGGCUCCAUACCGCCCAUAGUGCUGUGUCAGUGCAACGGCAGGCCCGUGUACGCCCUCCUAGACACAAGUAACGUCUACUCGACAAUCUCUCGGAGUUUAGUGAGUGCGUUCAACAUGUCCAGAGACGUCAUCCAGGACCGGACGACGCCGCCCAGCCCGCUGUCAGGUCUUGAAAGGCCAGUAAUACACGGGAAGCUCAAAUACAUGGAUGUGUCAUUAGGAAAAAGUCAACUCAACAUGCAGCUGUUUGUCGUUUCAGACACCACGCCAGAGCUGGUGCUCGGCGUGGACUUCCUCAAGAAGACGCAGACGGUGGUCAGUUUCUCCGAGUCAUGCGCAAUGGUAUCCGGGGAGAAAGUGCGCUUCGUCAGUGGUCACGAGCUCGGGGGAUUAACAAAGGGUCGGCCUCACUGACACAGCCGGCCCUCCGGCUAACCGACCCCCUCCAGAGUCCAGACCUACACGGACAAUGUCGGUACUGUCGGACUGGAAAGUGUCACAUUUAGGGACAAUUAACAGAUUCGUAAGCGCGAGUACCUCUACUAACAGCACGUGGAGCUACUCGUGAAGUGCCCGUAGAAGCUGUCGUAGGUCCUUGGCUCGUCGGCCUAAUACUAUGCUGAGGACACCUAAUCCAAUCGAUCCGGCUACUGUUGCUGCUAUUCUCGGCCGAAUCAGUGCGGGGCAUUGGUGCAGCUGGGCUCCUGUGUGAUAAAUACUGAGCUAGUUUUGUAACGACUGACCCGUGUCGGGACGCCGGUAGGAGGCUCUGGUGGAGUCUUCGCGGAUCAGUAUAAUGCUGUGGGCUCAGACAAAUGAAUAAGAAUAGAUAGGGUUUAUCUGCAGCUGAAACGGAAUGGUGAUGAAACUGAACUCGAUCACGACUAAUGGUGGCCUGGGCUGGGCCCGUUCGCAACCAGCAUGGGCUAUCGUUGUUCAAUUCAUUUUUUGACGAUUACUGUGACAACAUCAACAAUUAUUCAUAAAUACACAUGAUUCCAACGCA